AUGUCGGGAAAGUACAUCGUAGCUGCUUUAGCUGCAUCGUUUGGAGUUGCUUGGGUUUGUGAUCAUUUUGUUUCAGACAAAAAGAUAUUUGGAGGUUCUGUGUGUGCCACAGCUUCAAACGAGAAGUGGUUUGAAGAGACCGACAAGAAGUUUCAGGCAUGGCCUCGCACUGCUGGUCCACCAGUGGUGAUGAAUCCUAUUAGUCGCCAGAAUUUCAUUGUGAAGUCUCGCGAGUCUUGA